AUGUCCAGAACCUCAGGGGUAACCGUCCUCGCCCCUCGCCAACCACAGCCUUCCUUUGAAGAUGAGUCUCUCGCUUUCUUUCUCCAUGAGUACACCGUCCAACCUGCCCCAGGGGUCUUUCGAGGCCAUCUCGAUUUCCUCGAGGACAUGUACAGGGGCUCUGACCGUGCGUCAUGCAUACGCCCGGCCACCCUCGCCGUCGCUUACAUGUCGCUGUCACGGCACUACAAAUCUUCAACGCUCUAUGUUACAGCAAGAAAAUAUUAUGGGGCUGCUCUGCGGUCAAUCAACAGAGAUCUGUCUGCAUCCAGUAAGCAAACACUGAAGGAGGAGACACUGACAUCACUCAUGCUGCUGGGUAUCAUCGAGGAUCUCGAAUGCCAAGGUCAAAACAUGAAAGCCGUGCACAUGAAGGGCAUAGCACAGCUGUUCGAGCUUGUUGGCCAGAAAGUGCUGGCCAAUAUAUCAACUUCGCUUUAUGGCUGGAUCUUCGUGCAAUUGCAAGUCCCCUCGCUCAAGUCCAAGGAGGGGAUGGAGUGCCUGGUCAUUCCUGACGCUCAGAUGGAUACGUCGAACCCUUCGAUGCGCCUGGCCCUGGUCACCACGCACUGUGGUCAGUUUUACAGGGCAGCCAAGCGAAUUACGGCUUCAGAUGAGCCACCACUCACCCCGGCAGAGCAGCGCAUCAUGCUCGUAAAGGUCCUCCAACAAGGCUUGGCAAUCGGCGGGGAACUCGCCGUGAUCGAAAAGGAUGCGAUGCCGGCAACGCUACAGCCGCAGCAAACGACUGUCAAACGCCCAGUCACUCCCGAGGGUCAAUCUUUGAUUUCGUUUAAUUCAAAGUGGACAGCUUGCACGUGGAGCUUCUUUUCGUCGUGCCUGAUUGUCUUCUUCGCGACGAUGUAUAAAUGCUCGUUUCUAUUGCUAGAGCUCAGCCCGGCCGACGGUCCAGAAAAGAAACUGGCCCAGACCACGGCUGCUAUUGCUGACGGCGCGCUCAGAAAGACAGCUUACAUGUUCUGCAGUGCGUUACCCUAUCUUUUCGGCGAAGUUGACGUGAGGGGAUUGCCCCUUGCCGUACCGCAACGGCAGACGGGCAUCAUGUAUCACAUGGUAUGGCCACUUUCGGUUCUCAUUGCGAGUCCUCAUAGCACCCCUCAUCAGGUGGCCAUAUGCCAGAUGAGGCUCAAUAUGGUUCGAGAUCUCUACGGCGUGAAAGUCGCCUGGUAUACCCCUGGGCUGGCAAGGGAUCUGCUGGCAUUGUAG